AUGGCGCCCCCCAGCGCCACCCCCCUCCCGCUGCUGCUGCUGCUGCUGCUGGCCCCACACCGGAGCCACGGCUGCGACCGGACCCACGGCGGAGAGGACUCAGGCUGCGGCCUCCCUGUGGCGCCCCCUGGCGGCCCGGAGGUUCGCAACGUCGGGGGCGAGGACGCGGCGCCGGGGGCGUGGCCUUGGACGGGGGCGUUGCUGCGCCGGGGGGGUCACGUGUGCGGAGCCUCCCUCGUGGCCCCCGAGUGGGUCCUGACGGCUGCGCACUGCUUCCAGGAGAGCCGUGACCCCCGCCUGUACUCGGUGCUGCUGGGCUCGCAGUGGCUGCCCCCCCGGGCCGGGCCGUCGCAAGGCCUCGUGGUGCCGGUGGCCGAGGUGCUGCCGCACCCGCGGUACCGCGGCGAGGCCACGAGCGGGGACGUGGCCCUGGCGCGCCUGGCGCGAGCCGUGCCCCUGGGCCCCCGCGUGCUCCCCGUCUGCCUGCCCCCCCCCGGGCCCGCAUUCCCCCCCCCCGGAGCCCGCUGCGUGGCCACCGGCUGGGGGGAGGCGCGGGAUGGAGCUGCCCCCCGGCGCCUGCAGGAGCUGGAGGUGCCGGUGCUGGCGCUGAGCACGUGCCGGCGCCUCUACGGCAUCGAUAUGGGGCGGGCGCUGCCGCCGCGCGCCAUCCACGCCGACAUGGUGUGUGCCGGCUACGCCGAGGGGCAGCGCGACACCUGCAAGGGUGACUCCGGGGGCCCCCUGUCCUGCCGGGCCGGGGGGGGUCGCUGGGCGCUCGCGGGGGUCGUGAGUUGGGGGCAGGGCUGCGGGGUCCCGAACCGGCCCGGGGUCUACACCCGCGUCAGCGCCUACGUCACCUGGAUCCGCCCCCGCGCCCCCGGCGCCGCCUUCCUCGGACACGCCCCCCUCGGCCCCGCGGGGACCAAUGGGAGCGCUCGCAGCGCGGGAGGGGCCGCGGGCGUCAUCGCCGUGGGGCUCCUGGUGGCAGCCUUAAAGGGGCAAUGGGGGCGUUGA